CAGCUAUUCUUAGUUACAAAUAAUUUCAUGUCGGGGUUAUUCUGCUGCUUAUUCUGAACGCCAUUUAUAACCGGAUCUCAAGGAAACUGCCUUUCCGUAAGUUGCGAGGUAUAUAUGUCCCAAGAAGAUUUUUCCACUAGUAUGAAGUUAUGAAGAAUCGAAGCGAAGCGAAGAAAGUUAUUUGACACAGAGGACUACCUACUUAGGCCCUACCGUGCUGGCUUCCUUUUUACGCUGUAAAUCUGACGCUGGAUCUCGGUUUACAGUAGCAAAUGAGCUCAAAUUUCAUACAGCGUGAAAGUUAUCUUUGUGUUCAGUGAUCAUUUCAAAGAAACAAAAAUACAGUAAACUGGUUGGUUAUAAAGUCUGGCAAGGAUGGGAGAAACGUAUGACUAUCUGUUCAAAUUUUUAAUUAUUGGAAGUGCUGGAGUUGGGAAGUCAUGUAUACUACACCAGUUUAUGGAAGGAAAAUUCAAACAAGAUUCCCACCACACUAUUGGUGUUGAAUUUGGAUCCAAAAUUGUUAAUGUUGGUGGAAAAUCAGUGAAAUUGCAAAUAUGGGACACUGCAGGACAAGAAAGAUUCAGAUCUGUCACAAGAAGUUAUUAUAGAGGGGCAGCAGGAGCUUUGCUGGUCUAUGAUAUAGCUAGUCGUGAAACAUACAACAGUCUGACUACCUGGUUGACAGAUGCCAGGACACUAGCCAGCCCAAAUAUUGUGAUAAUUCUUGUUGGGAACAAGAAAGACUUGGAUGCAGAGAGAGAAGUGACAUUCUUGGAAGCUAGCAGAUUUGCCCAAGAAAAUGAACUGAUGUUUUUGGAAACUAGUGCCAUGACUGGAGAGAAUGUAGAGGAGUCCUUUCUGAAGUGCUCAAGGGUUAUUCUCAACAAGAUUGAAAGUGGUGAGCUUGAUCCUGAGAAAAUGGGCUCUGGUAUUCAAUAUGGAAAUUCAUCAAUCAGACGGACGAUUCAGCCAAGAAAUGAGGAAAAACCUGCUUGUGCAUGUUAGGAUGUUUGCAGCAUUGGGCAUUGAAAGGGGAAUUUAUUCUACAAUCUUUUGCAACACAUUAAACUCAACAUGCUUUUGAUGUGUGUACAUAAACCAAACAAGAAAGGCUGAAUUGUUAACAAGCAUUUUGAUCACUUAGUUCCUUAUUAGUGAUUUUAGAAUUAUGUUUAAUUGAUAGCACACCCCUUUGUUGUAUGCAGAUUCUAACAUUUAUGACUUCGUUGAGAUGGAUACUGAAAUACUAUAUUGGUAAUAGCAUACCUGUCAUAGCUUUUAUCAUUACUUUUUCCGCCAAAUCAUACAUUGACAAGAACGUUUUUAUAUAACCAGGUUUAUUUGAUAAAAAGUAGUACAGGUUGUUAAUAAGUAGCCUUGAAAGAAGCAGCACUCUGUAAUGUUUGAAAUUAGUAAUUGCAGCAUUCUGUAUCAACAUUUAAUUUGAAUUUAUUUACUAGGUAAAGGGUCAUCCUAACAGAAUCAUCUCUUUGUGAUCCCAAACUUAUAUGUCUGAUAAAUUAGGCAGCACAUAACUUAAGAACUAAUUUUUUCCCCCUGUUUUUGAUAAGGCAUAUUUUCCAACCAUUUUUUGAACAGGUAAGAGAUAGGAGAGUCUAUUGUGAUUCAAAAGCACAAGUCAACCAUUUUUUCUAAGCACUUUAACCUUUUGUCAGCUGUUCUAUUUGAUUCUUAGUAUCUGUUACCAAACUAAGGUUAUUUAAGCCUGUACUGAGUGCAAAGAUAUGGCCUUAUAGACCCCCAAAAAGCAGUUUGUAUACUGGAAAUGCCUGCCAUAGGUGAUGUAAUUGCUAUCAUAGCUGAUAAGUUUUCAAUGUGUAAAAACUUGCUGAAUUAUUAUGCUUUUAUUUAAUUAUGAUUGGAGUGACAUAAACCUUGCUUUUUCUUAAAAGUUUAAACAGCAAGUCAAAAACAGUAGUUUUAAGGGUAAAUUUAUAAUUAUGGAUGUAUGGUACCCAAGUCAAAGAUGUUGCAUAGCCAUCUUACAAUUAAUUCCUCAUUGUGAUUUUGCAGGUUCUAAUUAUCAGAAAUUGUUUUAGCAUUGACAAAAGCUUUCA